GCCUUCAAAAACAACAUAACUCAUUGGCAAUCUUAAGUGUCAAACACUUAAAAAACACAUUCUUCUUUGAAACUUGGGAACUUCUACUUGCUGUUAUUCUUACAUAUAUACUAAAAAAUGGGUUUCCGUUUACCUGUUAUUCGAAGGACAUCAUCAUUCUCAGCUAGCCAAGCAGCUUCAAAAUCUGUGGAAGUCCCAAAGGGGUAUCUAGCAGUGUAUGUUGGAGAGAAACAGAAGCGGUUUGUGAUCCCCAUUUCAUAUUUGAACCAACCUUCAAUCCAAGACUUGUUGAGCCAAGCUGAGGAAGAGUUCGGAUAUGAUCAUCCUAUGGGAGGCCUAACAAUUCCUUGCAGUGAAGAUGUUUUCCAACAAAUCACUUCUCGCUUGAAUUGACGAUGAAUCUCAUGCUGUAGGAGACUGACAUAGAUUAGUAUACAAAUUUUGUAGAAUAGGCAACUUGUAAAGAUUACACAUUUUUCUAAGUAAAUGAAAGAAGAAUGAUCAUUACUAUGACAA